CUCUUUUAGGAAACUGAAAAUGGCCCUUCAGCUAUGCUAGGUCUAUAAUGGGAAGUGUCACAGUUCGAUAUUUCUGUUAUGGAUGCCUUUUUACAUCUGCAACCUGGACGGUUUUGCUUUUUGUUUAUUUCAACUUCAGUGAAGUGACUCAGCCACUUAAGAAUGUGCCCAUCAAGGGGUCUGGGCCCCAUGGACCAUUCCCCAAAAAAUUUUAUCCCCGUUUCAGUCGAGGUCCAAGUCAAGUGUUAGAAUCACAGUUCAAAGCAAACAAAAUUGAUGAUGUGAUAGAGGAUCAUAUUGAAGAUCCAGAAAGAGGCAACAUGAAAUUCUCUUCUGAACUGGGUAUGAUUUUUAAUGAACGUGAUCAGGAGUUGAGAGACUUGGGGUAUCAGAAACAUGCCUUCAAUAUGCUUAUUAGUAACCGCUUGGGCUACCAUAGAGAUGUGCCAGAUACAAGGAAUGCAGCAUGUAAAGACAGGUCUUACCCCACGGAUCUGCCAGUCGCUAGUGUUGUUAUUUGUUUCUACAACGAAGCCUUUUCUGCCUUGCUCCGGACCGUGCACAGCGUCCUGGACCGCACGCCAGCCCGGCUUCUUCAUGAAAUUAUCCUCGUGGAUGAUGACAGUGACUUCGAUGAUGUGAAAGGAGAACUAGAUGAAUACAUCCAAAAAUACCUCCCUGGAAAGAUUAAAGUAAUAAGAAAUACAAAACGUGAGGGAUUGAUUCGAGGAAGAAUGAUUGGAGCAGCCCACGCAACAGGAGAGGUUCUGGUGUUCCUGGACAGCCACUGUGAGGUGAAUGUGAUGUGGCUGCAGCCCCUGCUGGCUGCCAUCCGGGAGGACCGGCAAAUGGUGGUGUGCCCGGUGAUCGACAUCAUCAGCGCUGACACGCUGGCCUAUAGCUCGUCCCCUGUGGUGCGGGGAGGAUUCAACUGGGGGCUGCACUUCAAAUGGGACCUUGUUCCCCUUUCUGAGCUCGGAGGAACAGACGGAGCUACUGCACCAAUAAAGUCACCUACAAUGGCUGGAGGAUUGUUUGCCAUGAACAGAAACUAUUUCAGUGAACUUGGACAGUAUGACAGUGGCAUGGAUAUCUGGGGAGGAGAAAAUUUAGAAAUAUCAUUUCGGAUCUGGAUGUGUGGAGGUAAGCUCUUCAUCAUCCCUUGCUCUAGAGUUGGACACAUUUUCCGGAAAAGGCGACCAUAUGGUUCUCCAGAGGGCCAGGACACCAUGACACACAACUCCUUGCGGCUGGCACAUGUUUGGUUGGAUGAAUAUAAGGAGCAGUAUUUUUCCUUAAGACCUGAUCUGAGAACCAGAAGCUAUGGAAAUAUCAGUGAGCGUGUUGAACUGAGGAAGAGGUUGAACUGUAAAUCAUUUAAAUGGUAUUUGGAUAAUAUUUACCCAGAGAUGCAGAUAUCUGGGCCCAAUGCCAAACCCCAGCAACCCAUUUUUGUCAAUAGAGGGCCAAAACGCCCCAAAGUCCUCCAACGUGGAAGGCUCUACCACCUCCAGACCCACAAGUGUCUGGCAGCCCAGGGCCGCCCAAGUCAGAAGGGAGGCCUAGUAGUGCUUAAGGCAUGUGACUACAGUGACCCAAAUCAGAUUUGGAUUUAUAAUGAAGAGCACGAAUUGGUUUUAAGUAAUCUCCUUUGCCUGGAUAUGUCAGAAACUCGCUCAUCAGACCCCCCACGACUCAUGAAGUGCCAUGGGUCAGGAGGAUCCCAGCAGUGGACCUUUGGGAGGAAUAAUCGGCUGUACCAGGUGUCAGUUGGACAGUGCCUGAGAGUGGUCGAUCCACUGAGUCACAGAGGCUUUGUCGCCAUGGCCAUCUGUGAUGGCUCCUCCUCACAGCAGUGGCAUUUGGAAGGUUAGGGUGGAUGCUGUGGCUGGAACGGUGAUUUGUCCUGCUU